AUGGCGGACGGCAGCAGGCAGAGCAGGCUGGCGGCGGCCAAGAAGAAGCUGAAGGAAUAUCAGCAGAAGAAUAACCCUGGAGCAACUGCAGGAACUAAGAAAAAACGCAAAACUAAAGAAGGAAGUAGACCCGAGACUCCCACCAACGAUGACCAGCAGCCUCCAGAGAACAUUCAGAACAUUCUGAAGGUGCUGGUGUCAGACCUUAACCGCUCCAAUGGGGUAGCCAUACCCUCAUUGGACAAGAGGAAGGCAUACUUUGACAGUGAUGUUGCCACUCGUAAUGCUGAACAGCUUGCUACCGAUGUCCCUGUGCUAUCUAACAGCAACAGUCUACCUAGUUGUGGUUCUGUUCUGCCUGCUCCUGGGAGCAUGCAGCUGAUGCAGAUUCAUGAAGCUGAGGAUCAUAAAAAUGUUUUGGAUGAGAACAGGUCUUUCUCGUCAACAGAAAGUCUCCGCCAGUUGUCUGAACAACUCAAUGGCCUGGUUUCUCAGUCUACGUCGUAUGUGAAUGGGGAAAGUGCCGUUUCUUCCACAAAUAUUAAGGAAAUGGAAACACGUUACCAGGAGCUGGCAGUAGCCCUGGAUUCCAGCAAUCUAACUAACAAACAGCUCGUUACAAAGAUAGAGGAAUUGAAACAGCAGAACCAAGAAGCAGUGAAUCAGCUGGAGAAGGAAAAGAAGGAGUUUGAACAGAAAUUUUCUAAAGAGCAAGCAGCACUGAGGGAACAGCUACAGGUUCAUAUCCAGACUAUUGGAAUUCUAGUUUCUGAGAAGUCUGAGUUGCAGACAGCCCUUGGACAUACUCAGCAAGCUGCACGGCAGAAAUCAGGAGAAGCUGAAAACCUUGCUGCUCGUUUACAUUCAUCUCGCCAGAGGGUAUCAGAGCUAGAACGUACUUUGUCCUCCAUCUCUAUGCAGCAAAAACAGUCAGAGAAGCAUAAUAAAGAGUUAGUGAAGGAGCGAGACAACCUGAAACUGGAACUGUACAAAAGAAGCAAAAGCAGCGAGGAAAUAAAGCAGCAGAAUUCGGAGCUGUCAGAGAAAGUUCACUCUCUGGUUGCCAAGAACUCAGCUAUGAAGUUGGAUAUGGAGGAUUUGCAUAAGAAACUGGAAAUGGCUGAACUGAUGAUUCAACAGUUCUCAAAUCAGGCAGGGAGUCUGGAUGCAAACCAGCAGUUUCAGAUGGCGCUGGAGGAGAAGGCGAGCCUGGAAACCCAGGUUGCUCAGCUCUCAGAGUCACUUCACCAGCUCCAGGCAGAAAGAGAUCAGUAUGUAGAGAAACUGAAGGAGGAACGGAGCAUUUGGCAGCAGCGGGUACAGCAGCUCUCUGAGCAGGUCCACACAAUGGCAGAGGAGAAGGAGAAGCAUAUGGCCCAAAUUCGGGAGCUGGAAGCCAAUGUUACAGAGCUGUUGAGCAAAUCAGUUAAGCCCAUGGAUAUUGAGCCUUCCUCACCAGCAGGGCCCACAGCAGCUGAGCUGAGUCUGCAGGAAGAGAUCCAGCGGCUGCAGCAAGAGAAGGAAGAACUGCAUGGGCAGUACCGGGCCCAGGUCCGGGACAAUGAGCAGCUCAGCCACCUCAACCGGGAGCAGGAGGAGCGGCUGCUGGAGCUCGAGAAGGCUGUGCAGCGCUACAACGAGGAGUCUGUGGACAGACAGCAGAUCCUGGAGGACAUGCAGAGUGACAAGGCCACAAUCAGUAGGGCACUGAGCCAGAAUCGGGAGCUGAAGGAGCAGCUGGCUGAGCUGCAGAAUGGGUUUGUCAAACUGACAAAUGAAAACAUGGAGGUUACAAGUGCCCUCCAGUCAGAGCAACAUGUAAAGAAGGAGCUGGCCAAGAAGCUUGGGCAGCUGCAGGAGAACCUGGGGGAGCUCAAAGAGACGCUGGAACUGAAAACACAGGAGGCUCGGGGUCUGCAGGAGCAGCGGGACCAGUACUACAGCCACUUACAACAGUACACCGUGGCGUACCAGCAGCUGUCUGCCGAGAAGGAGGAACUGCACAAACAGUACUUGCUUCAGACACAGCUUAUGGAUCGGCUACAGCAUGAGGAGGUUCAGGGGAAGGUGACAGUGGAAAUGCACCUGAAAGAGCUGCAGCAGACCAAGGAAAGUCUGGAAGCUGUAGCUAAGGAAAACAAAGAGCUGCAGGCCCAGAUCAGUCAGUUAGCAGCAGACCUGGAUGGCAGGAUUUUGCACCGACUGGAGGGAGACGGAGUUGAAAGUGAAGCAAUGACUGAAGAAAUCCAAAAAUCUUCAUUUGUGAUCCCAGAGAAGUUUGAAAGCCAUGAAGAAACGGUCGCUUUCUUGACAUCCGCCAUGUCCCAAGUGGAGAAGGAGCGAGAAGACAUGAGGCAGCAGCUGGCUGCUCAGAAACAGCAGUGCAGAAGCCUCCUGCAACAAAUAGCAGCUCUUAGGCAGGAGCAGCAACAUAACGUCACGCUGGGUGGAGGUUCCACUAUGGAUACUGUUCCAGUGGAGGUUCACGAGGCUUUGAAAACUGCCAUGGAGAAACUACAGUCCCGUUUCACAGACCUGAUGCGUGAGAAAGCUGAUCUGAAGGAACGGCUAGAAGAGUUAGAACAUCGCUGCAUACAGCUGUCUGGGGAAACAGACACCAUUGGGGAGUAUAUUGCAUUAUACCAGAGUCAAAGGGCUAUCCUCAAACAGCGACACCAGGAGAAAGAGGAGUACAUCAGCAGAUUGGCUCAGGAUAAGGAAGAGAUGAAGAUGAAACUACUGGAACUGCAGGAUUUAGUGAUGCGUCUGGUCAGGGAAAGAAACGAAUGGUACAGCAAGUAUGUAGCAGCUGCUCAAAACCCAGAGCUGUUAGCAAGCCAGAAUGAAAGUGUACUUCCAGUGGAGAGGCGCAUGGAACUGAAUGCUACUGAUGGAGAAGGGUUACGAGAAGUGAAUUUAUCUGAUGAAGCAGAACAAGAGGCUGCUGUUCUUCAUCAAUCCGGUUUCUCCCCUAUUGACAAUAAAGCUGCUCAGCCAAGCCAAGAGGACCCCACAGCAAAGCAAAUAAUGCAGCUUCUCAGAGAAAUCCAGAACCCUCAGGAGAGGCUGGGCUCCCUGCUGGAAAACCCUUGCAUUCCCUUCUUCUACCGUGCUGAUGAGAACGAUGAGGUCAAAAUCAUGGUAGUUUAAGUGGCGCUAAAUCUUACUUACAGCAAUUUUCUAUGAGCCUGAAAGGACUUAACUGACCUGUACGUGCCCAUACCUCUGCUCAGUGCCCUUGGUCAGAACAGAUUCUUAAAGACAUCAGGAAAGAGGGAUUGCAUCAGAUGGAACUUGAGCAUCAGACCUCAUCUUCCCCUUUCUCUUUCUUCUGUUACUUGGUGUGCUUGGAGUACAGGCAGACUCAAACUAAUCCUGGGAGGCAGCUGGGGCUGGCACUUCACCUGGGCCAGGUGCAGGCCGGGGCAAAGGGGAUGCCAUGACUUCAGGCAAAAUGACUUAAUCCCUUGUCCGAGACUGCUGCCCGCAGCCAGCUUCACAGCAGCGACUGAGCAGUGGUUCUGAUGCAUCACUCAUGACUCUAAUCGGCCUAGUUCCUUCCAGGGCUCCCAAAGUAACUAACUUAUUCUGGUAACGAACUCUUUGGACUCUUAAACCGGUUGUUUUUGUUUCAUACUAUGUAUCUUAAACUUCCCACUUUCUUCUGCAGCCUGCCUCUUGCAACUGUAUCUGAAACCGGCCUUGUCAGUCUUGAACAGCCAAAAGAUAAGGCUCCUGACUAGCCGGGCAGCACUACAGACUCAUUUAUUCUCAUGGCUAGGGGAAGGGACCGAGGGUUGCCUUUUGAGUCUUUUUGGUUACUUGACAAAGCUUUAUGUGAUUCUUGGGAGUGGGGUGGAAAUGUAACUGCACUUUGAAGGAUGAUGUGUUUCACUUGUAUGUGUCUGAAGGUUUUAUUUAUUUUAAAAAAUGGGAGAAAUAAGUAAAAGGAAACCACUUAAUAAACAUGCUUUGUUUUGAAUUUCUGGCCUCUAGGGGUUCUAGUUCUCCAUCACUUAGCUUUCUUCUUCUCCCAGUUUGGUAAGGAGUGCAUUAGAUAGGUGGAAUCCAAGAUCCUGUGCCCCCUGUUUUAAGUUCCUGGGACACAUCAGCCACAGAGGUAUCACCUGGCACUGCCUUGAAGCUGUAGCCCUCAUUCUAAGGAGAAAACAAAACAUGGUGGCAGGAGAGAGUCCCCUGAAGCAGCAGCAAAGCAAAUCCCUUGGGUGUGCAAUUGGUGACGUGAACUGCAUGGGAUAUCCUGCCACUAAAUUUGCCUUUCAGGCAAGAACUGCCUGUUCUCAGGAUGGUUAGUUUCAGCAAUGGAGUUUUAAGGAAAACCGCAGGGGAGGUUUAAGGGACCUGGCCCUCGCAGCUGUGUGAUCCAAACACACAAGCCUGGGCUGUGCCUGAAGCAGCAUGCACCACCCCCAUUAACCUGUCAAGAGAGAUGCAAGCACAGGAACACAGUAUCAAUUUUGGGGUUUGUCAACAACAAAAAGACUCUUCAUUUCUUCUGUCAAGCUUUACACCAGCAUGGUAGAGAGCGCUUUUCUUCUAAUGCCAGAAGCAGAUUAAGUGUGGGUUAUUUUUUAAAUGGUUCAUCUUGAUGUUUCCAUAUACAACUGAAAAAAGUGUACACAGAGCAAUUAGUGCUUUCCUGCAAACCACCAGGGGAAGAUGGAAGCUGUUUUUUUGAACUCCUUUCAUUUGAACAGUGCUAGUGUUGUCUGUUACUGGCAGAACACAAGUGACACGGGCUCCCAAGCUCCUGGCUGCAUGGGUUUGUGUACAUAGUGUAUCUCUGUAAAAUGCUGUAUAUUCCUUGAAGAGAGACUAAGCCUUGUCCAGUGUUUAUGCCUGCUCAGGCUAUUCAUAAAUCUGUAUCAUAACUAAUGAGGGCAGGGCUGUGAUUUAAUACAGAGCAUUAUUAUAAAUGGAAUAAAUAUUUAUUGGGUGUUCCACUCUAGUACUGUGAAGGAGACAAGACCAGUGAAGAAGGUCUGCGGUCUGUUGCAGAGGUGACUUAAUCCUGUUACAAAUUUGCUUUCUGAAUAAACUUAUUCAGAUGGGUACUGACUAGAUGUAUUUCUUCUGCCUAGAUCA